AUGCAGAUAAUGGUGCCGGUGCCGACCUCAUCGGCAGAAACGAACCCAGGCGGGGGCGGACAGGUUUUUCCGGAGGAUGAUGAUCCCGUGCGCGUGAGUGAUGAUGUGGGUGAGGAGGCGGAGGAGGCGGAGGAGGCGAUGGAGGAGGCGGAGGCGGAGCAGGCGAGGGACGUGAUGCUCAUCACCAUCUCGAUCGUCGUCGGGUGCGGUGUGCUCACGCUCAUUCUGCUGUGCGUGGUUCGUAAGGUGAUGGACCUCUGCCUCCUACGGAACGAUCCGACGGGCAGCCUACGCUACUCGCAGGAGGAGGGGCUAACAAAGAGGAGCAUCGAGCGCCUCCCCCAGACUCGCUACAAGAGACCCGUCUCCGGUACGGCUCAAAAAAAGGGAGACAAGAAAACACCAGCUUCCGACGGCAAGAAGCCAGACGACACGGAAGCCGCGGCGGCGGGAGAAGAGGGGGGGGUCACGGGAUCGGAUCUUCACGGGCCCCCCGGCAGUAGUACGGCAGCGCCUAAGACCGCGGUUGUGGCGGGGGCGGAGGGCGGGGAAGGGGAGGGGGCGCGGGAUAGCACCGAAGACAUGUGUGCUAUUUGUUUGGUGGAGUACGAGACCGGGGACGAGCUUCGAAUCAUCCCCGGGUGUGGGCACAGGUUCCAUAAGGAAUGCAUCGACCCUUGGCUGGAGACGAAGGCCGUGUGUGCGUACUGCAAGGCCAACGUGGAGGCCCGAAGGACGUGCUGCGACCGCGUCUACCGAUCGGUGUCUGAUCGCUUGGGGAUCAACCUGGUGGCGCCAACGACGAUAAGGUUUUCCAGCAGCCGCCGCACUUACACCAACGAAGAUGUGCAGCUCGCCAUGGGACCGACCCUUCCCGCUUCCUACGGCCACUCCGAGAUGGACUACGUGGGGUCGGCCGUCGCCCCGCGGCAGGCUUCGGUGGACGUGGAGGCGGGAGAAGGGGGGGAGGCGGAAGCAACAACGCCAACAACGGCAGCUGCUGCGGCACCGGGGCAGGCGUUCGGGGGUGGGGGUCCCGCAGGAUCAGGUUCGACGAGGUCAACCCGCGGGGCCAUCGUUCUGCCGGACCAGGGCGGCCAGCCGCAAGGCUCCAUCGUCGUACAGCCCGCUUCUGCGCCCAGCUACGUGGUAGUCCCGCGGGAGUACUCCUUGGGCGGCGACGGAAUCGACGAAGAGUAUCCCGGUAACGGCGGGGAAGGGCUUGCCGGGAGUUCGACGAGAGAGUUGGCCUCCUCGGCCGCCAGAGCUUCCACGACAGAGGGCCUUCCCGACGACGUCGCGCAGGCGACGGACGCCACGGAGGAAAAGGAGGAGAUAGUGGCGGAGGCGGCGGAAGAGAGACGCGGCAGCCACAAGGGCUUCAGCGACGGCCGUGGGGGAGUGGUGUUCGGCGGCAACACGGAGGAGUUCCGGGAGGCGGCGGCGGAGGCGGCGGCGGUGGCGGGGGCACGGAACGGGGCCGCUGCCAGCGGAGGCGCGGGGCCUCGCUUGUAGGGCGUGGCGUCGUGUAGAGAAGGGGCGGCGCGCGCACAAACGUUUGACGUGCUGCUGGUGUUUGUUUCGCCACCGCUGCUGGACCUGAACAGGGGCUCCGAGUGUGUCCUUGUCCCAUGCUUAUUUUUGUUGCCAUUUUUAUCUGGUAUCCACCGCGCGAUGAAGCGCCGCUGAGCAAUCAAAAGCAACGCGAGGCGAGGCAUAAAACGACUUGCUGCUGCUUGAUUUAGGCAUGCGAGGGGAUCGUGCGGACAGGUUGCUUUCGUUUUUUGUGUGCGUGUCUGUCUGUCUUACGUGCGUGUUUUUUUUUUUUUGCCGUCUGACUUGGACGGUGGCGGUAGUGGUUGUGAUGAUGAAGAGAUAGAUGGCCACGCUGUUUUUGGCUUGAUCUUCGCCAGACAGGUGUUUUCGGCCAUCAUCCCGGCGCGAGAAGGCAUGUUUUAUUUUUGCUCGAUGGGCCUGUUCGACCGAGGACAAGUUUUUUUUUGCAUUGCGUUGUUUGUUUCAGGCGCGCGGGAGAGGGUUGUGGUUCCCACAGUAGUAGUAAUACUGCUAGCGGGGGGGUGUUUCUGGGAAACAAGGGGGGGGG